AGUCAGUUUACAUCAUGAGCCUCAGGCUUACGUUGCUACCCUGACUUCCAAUCUGGGCCGAUUUCGUGCUUCCUGUCAGUCCCUGCUCGGCUUGGCCCCCUGGAGAUUGUCCAUUGUUCUCUCUGAUCUGCUUUCGUUUCCUCCAAUCUUGCGUUCUUCUUGCCCUUUGGUCGGAUUCUAUCGAUUCUGCGGCAGGCAGUGCGUCUUUCGGCGAUUAUAUAGCUGGUGCUAUGGUGUUCGACCCCAGGUAUCAUCGGGCUAUGAGCAACUUGGCUUCAAACUAUCGCUUUAGUCGUCAAUAGGUGAGCUUCUUAGUACUCACACCCCCUUUACCGUCUUCUACCAUUUAGUCGCCGAAAUGGUCAUUUCUAAAACCGAGUCUGUGGCCGUCCUCAGCUAUAAAUUUUGUCUGGCCUGCGCGUCCUCUCCCGGGGACGCGACGAUAGUCGCUGGAUUUGCCAACAACCAGGCUAUUUCCUUGCUCCCCCUGCAACCUAUCACGACGUUGACCUUCUACAGCAUGACUCAAGCUUGCAACUCGUCACUGCACACUCUCUCUUUGCAUAUAGGACCGUUCAUUUCCCAGGAAUUCUUCCGGGAGCUUCUACGCUCGACUUUUGUGCAAGUCAAGUACAACUGCCCCGGCCUGCUGAAAGUAAACUGCUCGAUUGCCACGGGAGAAUGGGACAAGUCCCCCGAGAUACAACAGGAACUAAUCCGUUUCUCCUCGGUUGGUGUUCUCCCCAACAUCCCCUCCUUUGCUUUCGCGUUUCCCGCCGACAUCAUAGGCGACUCGGCCCUGACCUCUCUCCUUGCCUUCUUCAACGUCCGCGAACUAGUUGUGACACCCCCUACCACAUGUUUUAUCAGUCCACAACGCCGUGCCACCAUAUGUGCAGACCUCAUUCGCUAUAUUCCCUCUUUCACAUCGGUCAGAAAGUUUGGACUCCCACUCGAGCUCAUGGCAAGCCUGUACAGUCUCCUUCGAGAGAUUGCGACACUGCCAGACUGCACCGAGAUCGAAUUUGACUCCGGUGAACAGUUCUAUGCUUCGAUGGAUCUCGAGAGUCGCAGGACUAUCGCAAUGGCGUUAGCCUUUGGGUCGAGAGACUUUCAUGGCACUUUAAGCGGUAUCCCUCUCGAUAUUGCUGAGUUAACUUAGUUAUUUCUCCGAUUCCCGUCUUCGUAUCCUCGUCCACAUCGUAUUCGUUCGCUUCCAGCAUAUUCUGCUACUAUUGUAUCGUUAUCUCAUCACGCAUUCUGCUUUGUUUUAUAUUUGGGACAUAUCUAUACAUCAUCCUGCUGGUAUAAUGUGGAUAACUAUAUCAUUUGCUUGUGCUCAUGCUCGUGCUAUCGGGAACGUUACUAGCAUUUAACGAAAUAUCAGACAUGUUCAC